AUGGUUGGCGGUCAGAGACGCCGCAACACGCGCCGUUCCAACGCACCGCGCUCCAACACUACGCCCAAUCUCGGUCUUGACUCACUCGCCGGGAGGGAGAAUGCGAGUGGUGUCACCGCAGCACAGCAUACGGAUCAAGUUGAACAUUCUCAUGUUUCACCUCCUUCUGCGCCCUCGAAUCCUAUGGUCAACUCCUACGUACACAGCAGUGGCCCUCCAGGCGACCGUCAUCGCCCUCUCCCAGCGCGCCCAUCCGAUGGCUUUUCGACUAUGCCGGCCGCCCAUUCGCCUACACCCACAACAGGAAGCGCAUCAACAGCAGCUACGGAUGGCAAGAAGAGGCAUGGCAAAUUCGGCCGCAAGGCAAAGGACCAAGACCGCCCGAGCAGCUCCCAUGAGCCUACUCCCCAGCUGUCGCCUCUACCGCCGUUGACGCCUAUCAAGGCUGCACAGUUGCUGGGCGUGGACCCUGGACCUAGCCCUGGUAGACCCCGGAGUACCUCUGUAGGCCGUCCAGCCCAGAACGAUGGCGGCUACGAUAGCCUACCGAUACGCCCGAUAUCGACAAGGCGAGGCUCUAUGUCGGCAAUAACCACUCAGAAGAGCGCGUCGGACAGACAGACGAAAUUCACGGAAGAGGGCCUUGACAUGGAGCCAUCAAAGCCCAAGGGCUUCUGGGGCAACACUAACCGGAAAGCUCAGCGAAUUAGCGACGCCGAACGACAUGGCCAGUUCCGUUCGCUCCCACCAGUUCCGCCCGUUGUCCCCGAAGCUCCGAGAAGACGUAUGCGCAAGAAGCUUCCUAAGGAGCUCGAGAGGAUGGCACCCAUUACAGAGACGUCGCACGAUGAGCUGCGCACUUCCUACAAAAUCAGCGAACAUGAUCCUGAGCUGAACGAUAUCUCUGAGUAUGCGAAAGCUCCUUCCAAGGCACCGCUAUCUCGGUCGCGUAGUGAGUCAUUGCUCACAACAAAUAUCAGGUACGAGUUGGAAGAGGACGACCUCUCAAUCACAGACGAAGUCAUUGAUGAGGCGGCUCACGACGAGCAAGAAGACUUCGCGGCCCAUCCUGGUAACGAGGUUGAGGUCAAAAAUGGCGCAAUUCUGCAAUCUACGGUGUUCCGCCUCCGCGGCCCACUGCAAACGGUUGAAGACCGUUUGCUUGACGAAGCAGACGCGCGACUAGCAAUGAGCAAGGCUGUGCUAGACCAAAACGACGCUGAUAGACUCACUCUCGACGACACAUACACUACCUUGAAGGCGUCUAAUGAGGCCAUGAAAGCGGAUUUCGCAGCCGCACAGCGUUGUCACGCCGCUCCAGGAGAGUGUGAGCUCUGCGGUGGUGCGGAUAGCCAGGUUGACAGCGACGACGAGGAUGGCUUGGACGAAGAGCCCACCUUACAUGACGCCACGACCGUACCCUUCAUGCGGGUCACACCCGGUAUGGUCAAGCUUGUCGAUAUUCCGCCUACGAGGAAGGAACCAGCUGUACCUCUGGCACCGCCUGCACCACCCACACGAGUCGCACCGGUUGCCCCACCUAACCCACUGCCCCUGCUAGCCCUAUCUAGUCAGCUCAAGGCCCCCUUCAAACCUACCUACUACUUUCAACAUGACGAAAAGAUCAGUCCAUUCAACGAGCGCAGUGAGUAUGUGGAGCCUACCGUAAUGCAUGGCCCUCUUUCCGCUAGCGAGUUCAACCGCCUCGACAAGGACAAGAAAGUGAAGCUGCCGCGCGACGAGUCACGUCUUCUUGUCCAAGACUGGAUGUCUGACUACGACCACACCAAACAACGCCCUCUUUCCGAACGUCUCGAUCUCGAUGUACUUGCCGACCAGCAAAUUCCUCCUGCCCCAUUCCCCAAAGAAGAUCACGCUACACCUCCCCUCCCUCCCAAGUCGUCAUCCAAAGAGCACUACUGUCUCAAGAACGGCCACAUCUUCCACCCUAUCAACCUCCAGACUGUACCCGACGAGGUCGCCAUCAACAGCCUGGAAGUUCGACCGUAUCUACAUACCGCUGUGGGCUACAAACAGCAUGUCUCUGUCCCUGUUUUCUGCGACCGUUGCAACGAAGAUGUCAAAGAAGAGCUCUGGGAGUGCGACAUUCAUGUUUGCCGUAUGGGAGUCUGCAAGCAGUGCGCAGAGGAUAUGGAGCAUGAGUGGCAGGAACGUGUUGCUGAUGCUUGGACUCGUUAA